UCGGGAAACAGACCUGGAGCAGAAAGGCAGCUACUUCAACACGAAGAGGACUCCCUUGUCCAGUAUCUCUUAUACAUGGCGAAUCAAGGCUUUCCACUUUCCAGGGCUAUGAUCAGGUGUUACAUACAAGAGAUAGUUAUACAAUCAGGCCGUACGUCACUAUUUAAUCUACAAAAAGGACCCUCUGAUGAUUGGUUUACAAAGUUUUUCGGGCGGCAUCCAGAUUUGGCUCAAAGAAAGGCAGAAAACAUGGACAAUGCCCGAGUAUCCAUGUCAUCUACAAGGAUGCUUGACAAUUUUUUUCCUCUUCUCAAGUCUGUUCUUGAUAAAUACAACUUGAAAGACAAACCAGAAAGAAUCUUCAAUUGUGACGAAACUGGAUUUACAGGAAAGGAGGCACCUAGGUCGAAAGUAAUCGGGCCUCGUGGAGGGCAUUUGUUUAGAAGAAAGACAUCUUCAGGAGAUCACGUGACAGCACAUCUUUGUGUCUCAGCAGAUGGACACUUUCUACCACCUCUUAUAAUUUACAAGGGUUCAUUACCUCACCAGAAUUACACAGAUAGUGUACCGUCGUCAUGGUAUUUUGGCCACAGUGAAAACGGCUACAUGGACCGUGAACUUUUCACAAAAUGGUUUUUCAGCGUGUUUGUUCCAAACUGUGGCAGAACAAGACCCGUCCUACUUAUCAUGGAUAACCACGACUCUCAUAUUAGCAUUCCAGUAGUUGAAAAAGCGAUAGCUGAAAAUAUUGUUCUUCUUGGUCUCCCUGGUCAUUCCACGCAUAUUCUACAGCCUUUAGACGUGAACAUUAUAUCACCUUUGAAGGACGCUUACACCAAAACACUGUCAAGCCUUGGAUAUCUAAAAACUGCAGUAAGCGUAGGAAGGGCAAAAUUCCCGGUUUUAUUAAAGCACGCAAUGGACAAAAUCGCUCCUGCAACUAUAGCUGACGGCUUCACGAAAACAGGGAUUUGUCCAUUUAACCCCUCUAUCAUUGAUCAAACGCAAAUAGUGAAGCCAACAUUUAUUGAAGAAGAAGAUGAGGUAAGGACAUGUAGCACCUGUGGGUCGUUCCUUACCAAUCCAUUGGUAAGGAGAGGCAUGAUAUCAGAGUCUCUGGCCAAUGUUCUUCUACCUCCGCCAACUAAACCACAGAACACACAAGCAAAAAAGUCUAGAGUGGUAGCAGAGGGAAGGCUCAUAAGUGGCCAAGAAAUGUUGAAUCAAUUAAAGGAAAAAGAGGACCUAGACGCUAAGAAGAAAGAAGAAUCAGAGAGGAGAAAAAAUGAACAAGAAAGAAAAAGAAAGCAGAAAGAAAUCGAUGAUGAAAUGAGAAAAAAUAAAAGACUGAAAGAGAAGGAAGAAAGGGAAGCUAAGAAGAAGAAAGAAGAAGAACUGAAGAAUGAGAGGAAACAAAAACGUAUAGAGGAACGUGACAGGAAGCAGAAAGACAAGGAGGAACGGAUAAAAAGAAGGUCAUACACUGAGGAACAGAUUAUGAUUGCAAGCUUGUAUGUAUGUGAUGCUUGUAAAGGGAAGGGUAGCCCGGCUGACGAGGAAAAUGGAAUUCUAUGGUUUGGGUGUGAUGAGGAAACAUGUGGUUUAUGGUUUCAUGAAGACUGCUUGACGCAACAGGCCAAAGAAUACUUAUGGGAAAGUAUGGAAAUGGAUGAGGUCUGGUAUUGCCACAGCUGUAAACCAUGGUUGUAUGAGGAAUAGAACUUAAAAACAGAAAGUGCCUGUUAUAUACAUGUUAUAUGUUUUACAGGAUAAAGCUCUAUUACUGUAGAAAAAAAAAACCUUUUUAAAGUUCGUUGACUUCACUUUGAUUAUAAUUUAACUGUGAUAGUAUGUAUACUUUUAACAUAUUUUUUAUAUACAUGUAUACUGUAUAUUUUUUGUUUUUGUUCUUUAAAAAAAGUAUUUUUAUUUUUAAUCAUUGUUAUGUAGAUUGUUCUCAAAUGUUGAAAAGGUAAAGUGAAUUUAUAUAUCUAGAUCUAAUGCAGUACGUAAUAUAGUAACAUCAAAUCACCUUUAAUAUGCGUUUGUUGUUAAUUUUUAUUACUCCCUGCCGGGCCUCAACUUUGACGGAGCUAUUUAUAGCUCAUAUGACGUAAAAAAAAACAAGCAGUUGUGCGUAUUGUGUGACAAAAGGGUAGAACAAUAUAUUUCUGAAAUAAAAACAUCUUUUCAUCGUUUAUUGGGCUAAACUAUAUGUAAAAUGAAAAUGUCCGGAAAACUGCUAUGACAUUAAGAAAAAAAGCUAGAAAAGGUACUUCUUUUCUGACCCAUAUUUCAUUAAAAAUAAAAUUAAAAUAGAAUAAUCGAAAACACGAUACUGCUGGGCAGGAACCUACCUAUGUUCUAUCAAAAUUUUAUAUUUAUCCGUCGACCGAUAUUUAUACUGUUUGUAAAAAAGUGUGAUUUUUGGCCGGAAACUGCUAGGAAACCAGU